AUGAGUUUCUUUAAGUUAAACAAACUCGCAAACAAUGUAGUUUCCACCGCUUCCAGCAUUCCAUCUGUAAGAGAAUACAUCUGGAAUUAACGUUCGAUUCAUUUCAGUUCGCACCUUCUGCUCAAGCCAGUCCUAUCGUUUACGAGCACGACGUCAGCGGAAUGCAGCGAGUCAACGUCAAGACCGCUGUUACUCAAGGAGCUCGCUAUGUCUCGACCAUCCCCAAGCCCACUACUCCAAAGCCAUCGUUGGAGGAGUUCGAUCCUCUGAACCCAGGAGGCUGGCAAUUGGGAGCCGGUGGCAAGAUCUUGCCUCGUCUUCCUGAAGGUACUCGUUGUGGAAAGUUGGUUAUGGGAAAGUACGGUUUGUACGAUCCUAAGCUCCGCAGACAAGUUGAGGAGUUCUCGGUAUGUUUUUAAUUUUGUUUUUGAUAAAUUUAGGUAACAAAAGUGACAUUCUGUCUUGAGAUUUGAAUUGAUGGGGUUUUAUACAUUAAAAAUGGCGUUGAAGACUUAAAAGACUUAGUAUCAUGAAGAAGGUGUUAACUAUACCUUUCUUCUUGGCAUGACUACUUUGAUUUUGAUGCUGACGUAGCUUACGAUUCUUGAAUCCGCUCGAUCUUACUUUUUUAUCAGUUUUUAGCUACGUUCUUUGUGUUCUCAAUAACCAUUUUAAAGAUACACAUUUAUUUAACACCUAAACAUCUUUCUAUUACAUUUCAUCAGAACAUAAGUUAACUGAAGUCUAAUUUCAGGCUGGUUUGGACGCUGGAAGAAAAUCAGAGGAAGCAUCUCCAGUUCACGCUAAGCACGCCAAAAUCUCCUUUAUUCUUUCUCACAUCUGUUUCUUGCUCGGCAUCUGGAACUUGGCCAGUUUGGUCUACGGCAAACCAUUGUGGCCAUACCCAUCUGACUACAAGGCUCCAGGAGCGGCCUAA